AUGGAUGACAUUUUAGAUGAGGCAACAAGAAGGGACCUUUUCACUGACACUUUCUGCAAGGUUUGCAAGGCAGUGCUGCAGUUUGAGUCCCAAAGGAUGUCCCACUAUCAGGGCAAAAAGCAUGCUCAGAAAGUUCAGCAUUACAUCCAGACCCAUGGGGAGAAAAGUGAGAGGCAUGGCAAACAGAGAGAAAUGGAUUGCAUCAGUUCUCAGACAGAAAUAGUGGACAAAAACAAAUACUGCAAUCUCUGCAAUAAGUUUUUUACUUCCCCAAUUGUUGCUUUGUCUCACUACUUGGGAAGGAUCCAUGCUAAGAAGCUGAAGCAGCUAUCAGGAGAGCAAGCCAACAUGCUGGCACAGAGCCAGGGCAUGCAGCCUGUUCCUGCUUUGCAGAAGCCAUGGGCUGAGAAACCUUUGCUGCCUUCAAAAGCUGAUGAAGCUUCAUCAUCCUCCAACACAAGGCUGAACCUAAAUGAUCCAGAAAAGUUCUGUGGGCUCUGCUGUGCUCCCUUCAAUAAUCCAUUUGUGGCUCAAGAGCAUUAUACUGGGAAGAAACACAGAAGAAAUGAAGCACGGAAGAAGCUGGUGGAGGAACUGGGAGACAAAGCCAUCCCUGUGGAAUCUGGCACAAAUGGUUCCUUCUUUGCAGCAAUUGGGGCUGGUUAUUACCUGUGCCCUGUUUGUAACAUCAUACUUGCAUCUAUAGAAACCUACCAGUCCCACAUGCAAGGAUUUAAACACAGAAAAAAAGAAGCAGUGCUUGCCAGAUUCAGGAAGGAACCAAAGAAAACAAAUUACUCCUUCCAAGGUGACAUAACAGAUUACUUUAGUGUUCAGAAAGCCAGAUAUCUACAGCCAGGAGGGUAUCUAGGAAAGCCAGAAGAGAAAGAGUUUCAAGACAAAAGCACUGAAGGAGGGAGUGACCUUGGUGAGGUUAUAUCUUCAGACUUUAAGUGUGACCAAGUGCAGCACUACAACCUUUUCUCAGAAACCCAGUCACCUACAAAUACUGGUGAAAAAAAAUCUCCAAGCUGGCCAUCUGCUCCAGAAAAUACUCCUGAUUGUCAGUACAACACGGGAUGCUGUAAAGAAGAGCAAGCUUCUGAGGUGGCCACCAUCAGAGAGAAGAGCUUCAGCCUAUCAGUUGCACAAUCUGAAUGUAUGGUUGCUGAAACUUCUACCACCUUCUUCAGAAAGGAAGAGAAAUUUCAGGUAAAUCAUUCUGAGGACACAAAAUUCACCAAUAAAGAGCUGAAGCAUGAGAAAGAAACCACAAAGCAGAAAAGAAAGAAAAAUAUUGAAGGUGCAGAUUUUGGAAAAGAAAGUGAGAAGCUAAAGAGAGUUAAAGUUGAGAUAGACUUGGUAAAUGAUAAGACAUCAAGACCUUAUAGAAGAUCUAAAGAAAACCCUGCUGAGAAAGAGAUGAAGCAGCAAAAAAAGGGUAAAAAGUCACAGAUAAAUGUCAAAAGAGAAGAGGAGCUGCUUUGGGAUGAAUCUGUCUUAGGAUAUUGCUAA